UCGCUGUUUUUCAUCUUUAAUGGUGACUUUGAAACUUUUAAGGUUAUAUUAGAUCAAGUAGUAAAAUACUGUGUCUUAACUAGUGUUAUCUUAUUAGUCAGUGCUGAUAAAUAUCCUUACAAAAUAGCAUUGUAAAAAACAAUAACUAAAAGUAGCCAAAUACAGGCAGAUAGUUAAAAACUUUAAACAAUUUACUAAAGUGUAAUAAAUAAAAAAAAAAAUAAAAAAAAAAACAGGUCGAUAAUGUCGGCUCGAACCAUUCUUAGGAUAUUGUGGCAUGAUAGAAUGGCCAAUUUGGCCGUUUGACAAAUAAUUACGACAUUUAUUAAUUUAAUCUUAUAAUUUUUAUAUUUUUUUGUCUUUGUUAAUUUAUAAUGGUUAAAGAAAAGCCCAAUUCAAUUCGUAUUUAUGAUUCUGAGGGCUACAGACGUAGAGCAGCGUGCAUUUGCGUCAAGAGCGACCUCGAGGAUGAGGUACUGCUCGUUACAUCAAGUAGAAGACCAGAUAGUUGGAUAGUACCUGGUGGUGGAGUUGAACCCGAUGAAGAUCCAGCUGUCACCGCUUUACGCGAAGUCAGAGAAGAAGCUGGUGUCCUCGGACAUUUAGGACGAUGUCUUGGUGUCUUUGAGGUUCAUAAAAAUAUUGAACAUAAACACCGGACUCAAGUUUGGGUGAUGCGAGUUACUGAAGAAUUGCCAGAGUGGGAAGAUUCACGCAACAUUGGGCGUAAAAGAAAAUGGUUUACAAUAUCAGACGCAUUAAUACAAUUGGCACAGCACAAACCCAUCCAGCGUUCAUACAUUCACAGCCUCCGUAACUCGAAUCCACGGCGCGGUGCGUCAACAAAUCCCACACCACUUCAUCCUCAUUCUCUGCCCACUCCAAUUCAGCUUGUAACUAAUUCAGCUGGCGAUCCUCACCUCAGUAAACACAGCUAAUGUUGAUCAAUAAUUGAACGUUGGUUAGAUUUUAUAAUAUUGAUAUAAUGAGUAUUUCGUAUCACAUUAUCAUCUACAUCUACAUCUGCAUCAUCAAGUAUUGUCAUCAUUAAAACUACUCUUUUAUACUGCAGUUGUACGGCAGUGACAACGACAACUCUAUCACUUGUAUUUUAUAUAUUGAAACAAAAUU